AUGGCGGAGGAUCGGCCGCAACAGCCGUCCCAGGACUUGGCGGUGAGGGAAGAAGCCGUGGAGGAGGGCGAGCGUGCUCCAGAGCAUGAGAGGGUCGAGGCAGACCUGCCCACUGCAGUUCACCUAUUGAAGUCCCUCCAAGAACAGGUGGUGGCUGUGACCCAUCAUGUACAGAGCCUGGCGCAGAAAGUGAGGGCCGGGACCUACCCCACAGAAAAGGGUCUCAGUUUUCUGGAAGUGAAAGACCAUCUGCUGCUCCUUUACCUUCAAGAUCUCUCCCACCUGAUGCUGGAGAAAACAGCUGGGCAGUCCGUGGCUGGCCAUCCUGCCUUGCUGCGUUUGGUGGAGACCCGAACGGUUUUGGAGAAGAUGCGGCCCAUUGACCAGAAACUGAAGUACCAGGUAGACAAGCUGGUGAAGGCGGCUGUUACUGGGGCCCUGGGUGAAAAUGACCCUCUGAGGUUCAAGCCAAAUCCCAGCAACCUGAUGAGCAAGCUCAGUGACUCGGAAGAGGAAGAAAGUGGAGACGUUGCCACUGGCUCAAAGGCUUCUGGGAAAGAGGCGUCUAAAGGAGGGAGCAGGAAAUAUGUCCCACCCCGCCUGGUGCCUGUGCAUUAUGAUGAAACUGAGGCUGAGAAGGCGAAGAAGAUGCUGGAGCAAGCCAAGAAGCGAGCGCUCAGCAGUUCCAUCAUCCGAGAGCUGAAGGAGCAGUAUUCGGAUGCUCCCGAAGAAAUCCGGGAGGGGCGCUAUGCUCAUGCCACCAGGCAGAGCCGGGAGGACGAACACCGGACCAACUACGAAGAGAGCAUGAUGGUCCGUCUCAACGUCAGCCGGAAAGAGAAGGCCCGCCAGCGGCGCACGGGUUCCCUGGCCUCCCAGCUCAACUCCCUCACCCGCUUCGGAGACAUCAGCGCGUUGACCGGUGCAGCGCCGCCGUUGGACGAGGAUCUGAGCCCCCAGAAGAAGAAAAGGAAGAAGAUCAGCACAAAACACAGCAAGAAGAAGGCUCUGGACCGGUCCCAGCCAGCUCCCAAUAUCUUGGAUUGA